CAAUACACCAGCGACGCCCGCAUAUUCAUCCUCAGAAUUCCCACCUACAUGCCUGAAAUCUCGCGUGAAAUGAUCCCCGAAAUUUUUCAAACACCGGAUGAUGAUUGAAGCCGCCCAACCUCGAACCGCAACCUCCCCUCCACGAGCAGGGAACGGGAAAUGUCCAUCCGGGUCCUCAUCAAAGACUCCUCCCAUCGUGCGAUCGCGCUCGCGACCGCCACCAGCGUUCUGAUCCUACGGCAUAGUGAGUCGUCGGUGGAGAAUAACUCGUCGGGGUCGUCGACCAGCUUGGUGAACGGCGGCGCGAACGCAUUUCGGUGCAUCGUCGAGUUCUCGUCAAUCGACGAUGUCGACCUCUCGGAGUAUCGGUCGUUGUCGUCGCAGACCGUCCAUGGGACGCUUGGGUUGAUAUCCAUCGCGAAUGAAGUGUUUCUGUGCGUGGUCAGCGCGGCGCAGAAAGCCGCCACCGUCAGACCGGCGGAGACGGUCCAGAAGAUCCUCGCAGUGGAGUUCCACUGCCUAAGUAGCACGGACUAUGAUUUUGUUUUAAGUGAGGAGAUCAAUCCGUAUCCAACGGAUACCCUUGGCGACGAUGGCUUCGAGCGAAGUCAGAGUCCUGGUCGUCGAGAGUCGAUUCUGGAGCAUCCGUGCCUGACAUUGAAGAAGCUCCUGAGCAGCGGCACGUUCUAUUACAGCGCCGAUUUCGAUGUCACGAGGAGACUCCAAGACAGGCCAGCAGACGUACCUGUGUCCGUGGACAGUCUUGAUGACGGCUUUCUGUGGAAUUCGUUCAUGAUCCAGCCGUUGGUCAACUUCCGAGCACGUCUCGGUCUUCGUGAGAAGAGGGCGCUGGACGACUCAAAGAUCAUGACGUCUGCCAUUCGAGGAUUUGCCUUCACUCUCCCUGUUCCCGCAUCCUCUUCCCCUAUGGUAUCGUCUCGCACGGGAUUGCCGUCCCAAUUGACUUUGAUAUCUCGACUCUCAUGCCGACGUGCGGGUACUCGAUUCAACGCGCGAGGCAUUGACGACGAUGGAUAUGUCGCCAACUUCGUCGAGACGGAAACUAUCUUCUGGCUACCCGACGGCAGUUGUUUUUCCUACAUCCAACUCCGUGGAAGUGUCCCCGUCUUCUGGGAACAGACGAAUAGCCUCAUCCCGGGGCAACAAAAGAUCACCUUAAGUCGUUCCAUUGAAGCAACGCAGCCUGCAUUCGACAAGCAUUUUGAAGGACUGGAGUACGCAUACGGUCCCAUCCACGUCGUUAACUUGCUGAGCAACGACAAACCCGGGGAGCUGGAGCUUACCGGUAGAUAUCAUCAGCAUAUUAACAACUGUGUGCUUAAUAAGCGGGCAGCGGAAGCUGAAAAGGGCCAUGGGCUCCUCAAAGAGACGUUAUAUGACUUCCACGCGGAGACAAAAGGUCCCACUGGCUACGAAGCGGCGCAAAUGAUCCGACAGUACAUCGAAGAUUCUGCGAACAGUUUCUCAUACUACCUGACGAAAUGGGAAUCCGAGACCGACGGGAAGCGGACCAGAUAUGUACGAUCCAAUACACCGACCCUUCAACAAGAUGGCGUCUUCCGGACGAACUGCCUCGACUGCCUUGAUCGUACCAACUUGGUGCAGACGAUCAUCAGCCAACUGGCUUUGGAACUGUUCUUCUUCCAUCACAAGGAACGUGGGACAUCGGAUUUUUGGAUGAGGCACAACAGCCUUUGGGCAGACAAUGGCGAUCAUCUCUCGAAAAUUUACGCCGGAACAGGGGCUCUAAAAUCGUCCUUUACUCGACUGGGAAAGAUGUCCUUUGCAGGCGCCAUUGCAGACGCACGGAAAAGCGCCCAUCGAUUGUAUGUGAACAACUUUGCGGACAAAGGCCGUCAGAACACGAUGGACAUGCUUCUCGGACGCUUGAUGGGGCAGCAGCCGAUUGUGUUAUACGACCCGAUCAACGACUGGGUCAUCAAUGAGAUGAAUCGACGAGCAUCCGAGUACAGCUCCAAAGAGUUGAUCAACAUCUGGGCCGGGACGUUCAAUCUAAACGGAAGAACCGAUGGCAUCAACGAGGAUCUGGGAAUGUGGCUGUAUCCUGACAAACAUUUUCCGGAGAUCUUCGCCGUGGGUUUUCAGGAAAUCGUGGAGCUUAGCCCGCAGCAGAUCAUGUCGACGGACCCGGAAAGACGGAAGGACUGGGAGUUGUCGGUGCUCAAGGCAUUGAACAGAAUGACCACAAAAGAAGGACAGGAUGAGUACGUGCUUCUGAGAGGUGGACAGCUUGUGGGGGCGUCACUCUCGGUCUUCGUCAAGUCCGCCUCGUUAAAACACAUCAAGAAUGUCGAGGCAAGCAUGAAGAAGACUGGGAUGUCGGGCAUGGCGGGAAAUAAAGGGGCGGUGGCAAUUCGCAUGGAGUACGCGAAUACAUCCAUAUGCUUGGUCACUGCCCAUCUUGCAGCUGGGUUUGCGAACUACGAGGAGCGAAAUCGGGAUUACAAGACGAUCAGCCAGGGGUUGCGAUUUCAGCGGAACCGGUUAAUCGAUGACCAUGAUACUGUGAUUUGGAUGGGCGACUUCAACUACAGGAUCGGAUUGGAGAACGAGAAGGUGCGAAAGCUAAUCUCAGCGGGCGACCUGGAGACGCUUUACGUGAAUGAUCAGCUGAACAUCCAAAUGGUUGCUGGACUGGUGUUCCAGUACUACUCCGAAGCGCGGAUAACCUUCCUUCCCACGUAUCGCUUCGAUAUCGGGACAGAGAGAUAUGAUACCUCUGAGAAGCAGCGCAUUCCGGCGUGGUGCGACCGAGUCCUCCGUAAAGGCACCAACAUCCGCCAAAUCCACUACAACUCCGUCCCCCUCCUCUCCUCCGACCACCGCCCCGUCUACGCCACCUUCGAAUGCGACGUUAGUUUGGUCGAUGAGGGCAUCAAAGACAAGCUCAGCGCAGAGCUGUACAACCACCGCCGCACAACCGUCGGCGACCGUACCGCCAACACCAACGAGGAAGACACCGACGACGAGGACCUGAUCGGAUACGAGAGCAUCGAGCCGGGUCUUCCUCCCGCGAGCUCGGACCGCCGGAAGUGGUGGCUGGAUAACGGCGCGCUUGCCCGCGUGACGGUGAAGGCGCCUGGAAAGGAAUAUUCCUUGAAUCCGAACCGUCCAUCAAAUCCAUUCGCGCCUACUUCAGAGCCCGACUGGGUCCGGAUCUCGCCGUCGAACUUAGAUAUGGACAUGCAUUCGCCUCCAAAGCAGAUUCCACGGAAACUGCCUCCGCCAUACCACUCCUCGUCGUCCCAGACUUCCAUUUCGAAUGGCAAGUCUAAUACUCCGACACCGCCUGCUCCGCGUCGGUCGCAAGCAACGUCGUCACCCGCACAAUCGCUGCGAACGCAGCCGAUACCCAUUCACAGCCAGUCCACAACACCAUCUAGUCCACAGAGCGUCUCGUCAACCAAGACGGCGCCAACAAUCCCCCGAAAACCAGAGGCGUUCCGACAGUCAUCUUUUACGGUACACCAUUCGCCAUCUUUACCCCAGCACAUAGAGUCACAUCCCCGAGUCACGGUACAAGGAGAUGGCGCGGAAGACCAAUCGACAGCUCCUGCUCCACCACCCCCUAGAAGAUCUGUCACUACCAAUAUCCAGUCCAAGGAUGCAGACAGGCCGGGGUUGCCGUCCCGAGGAGCCGCGACGAAAGACUUGAUGGACGAAGCGGAUGAGACGGGGAUGGAAGAGUUGCAAAGCUGGGAGGUAUUAACGCCGAGCGGCAGAUAGCAGGCACUGGAUUGCCUCGGUACGAAAAGUCUCGCGCACGGCGUUUGUAGAAUUAGAUGCACACACGACGG